UUUCUCCUCUAUUCUUAUUUUCUGAUUAGUUUUUUUAGGGCUUUGAAGCACGAACGCGUGAAAGCUCAAAAAUGGAUGUUGCGGAUAGGAGGGACGAUGAGAUCAGGGAAUCUGGAAACAUGGACAGCGUUAAGUCUCACUAUGUUACAGACUCUGUUUCCGAAGAACGCCGCUCUCGUGAGCUCAAGGAUGGUCUCCAUCCUCUACGGUACAAGUAUGCGAUUUGGUACACCCGUCGCACACCAGGGGUUCGGAACCAGACAUCUUAUGAGGAUAACAUAAAGAAGAUUGUGGAGUUCAGCACUGUUGAAGGUUUUUGGGCCUGCUACUGUCAUCUCGCUCGGUCAUCUCUCUUGCCUAGUCCAACAGAUCUUCACUUCUUUAAGGAUGGGGUUCGCCCCUUGUGGGAGGAUAGUGCCAACUGCAGUGGAGGAAAGUGGAUAAUACGUUUCUCAAAAGUUGUAUCUGCUCGUUUCUGGGAAGAUCUGCUUCUUGCGUUGGUAGGCGACCAGCUUGACGAUGCUGAUAGCAUAUGUGGGGCAGUGCUGAGUGUCCGCUUCAAUGAGGACAUCAUUAGUGUAUGGAACCGCAAUGCUUCUGACCAUAAGGCAGUGAUGGGUUUGAGAGACUCGAUCAAGAGGCAUUUGAAGUUACCUCAUGCAUAUGUCAUGGAAUACAAGCCCCACGAUGCUUCUCUUCGCGACAACUCUUCCUACAGAAACACAUGGCUGAGAGGGUAGGCUCUAAGUGGACAGUUGUAUCUUGUAAUGUGGAGAAGAUUUGGGAAGCUCUUCUGCAACCUGGGAUGAUAUCUGGAUUGAACCCUGUAUCCAAUGCCAUACUGUACCGGAGGCUUUCAAUUUCAGGAAAAAAAAAAUCCAGGCUACUUACUGUGUCAGUAGGUGUUCAAUCGUUUUAUUGUUUCUAGAUCUUGUCACCUUCAAUGGUUUUUAUUCAAAACUAUAAGGAUUCAUUUUCAAAUAAGACGGAAGCUCAAAGUACUGUUUUAUAUUA